CAAAAGAAAUGAACCAAAAUCAAAGAGGACCUAAUCACGAUGCACUCUUCAAGCUCACCAUGGCCAAGAGGUGGCGAGAGGUGGCCGAGAUCUACCGGCGGCAGCCGGCCGCGCAUACUGCCAAGCUCACCAAAUCCGAGGAGACGGCGCUGCACAUUGCCGUCUCAAGUUACCACUCGAAGCACCCCUCAAGCUCGGCGCACGUCGAAGAAAUGAUCGAUCUCGUCGAAGGCCAAGUGUUCACAAUGCAAAAUGUCAAAGGAGAUACCCCACUCCAUCUCGCCGCAGCCGUCGGAUGGGUCUCCGUCUGCGCACGAAUCGCUGCAAAAAAUCGCGAGCUCAUUCACAUACGCAACGAAAAUGGUGAAACGCCAUUGUUCGUCGCAGCGCAUCAUGGGAAUCUGCAGUCGUUCCUCUGUCUCCACCAGGAGCUGAUCAGAAAUUCCGCAAACAAUGGCGAGCUGUCGGUCGAGGCUCUACGUCGACGAAAAGAUGGGAACACGGUUCUCCACUCGGCCAUUUCCGGGGAAUAUUAUAGAUUGGCUUAUCAGAUCAUCAUCUACUACCCGAAGCUUGUGAAUUCGAUAAAUGUCGAGGGAGAAUCGCCACUUCAUGUUUUGGCGAGGAAGCCUAAUGCAUUCAAGAGCUGCAGCCAUUUCGGAUUCUACGACUCCUUCAUCUACUAUUGCGUCUUUGUCGAUGAGCUGAAGGAGGAGAAAUAUAAUCCCAGCGCACAGAGUAGUUAUGUGCCGGGAGGCGAAAUCAACCUCCCGGAAAAUUACAGAACCUGUGUGGACAUCUUCUUUCUUCUUUGGUCGCCAAUUAUGAAAAGCUUUUUAGCUGGUUUUCCGAGAUUCAAAAGACGAAAUAGCGAUUCGAUUGAUGAAGAGAGGCAGAGACAGAAUGAAAGUGAAGAGAUAAAACGAGAGAGGAAACACUCGUAUCCUCCGAACUACACGACUUGUGUCCUGAUUUUCAAAUUUGUGACGAAGGUCGUCUUAACCAUUGCUGGAGUAGGAUUUUGGAGGAUAAAGAAGAUUCGGGACAAAAAAGAACGGUACUCGCACGCAUACCAAAUCAUGAGAAAAAUGAUCGAGAACGAAGCGGGAUACAUCUACGAGAACACCGGGGAACGCCCACCGGAGAGAGACGAGCUCGAUCAUUUGGAAAGCAUUCCGAAUCUUUCCGACGAUCACAAGGAACAGAUUAAGGACACGGCAUUGUUAGUUGCAGCAAAAAUGGGAAUCCCGGAAAUGGUGAAGAAGAUAAUCAGCAAAUGCCCGGUGGCGAUCGAGGACUUGGACGCUAACAAGAAGAACGUGCUGAUGCUGGCGGCCGAGAAUCGACAAACUAGCGUCCUCGACUAUCUUCUAUCGAUCAAUCUCCCCGAAUACAUGUUCCAUCAGAUCGACGACGAGGGUAACAGCAUCCUUCAUCUUGCCGCGAUGAUGGGAGCUCAGCAGCCGUGGUCGAUCCCCGGCGCUGCUCUGCAGAUGCAGUGGGAGAUCAAGUGGUACAAGCAUGUGAAGCGAUCGGUUCCUCCCAUGUCUUUCACGCUAAACUCGAAGCGCGAAACUCCAAGAAAUGUCUUCACGAGAACGCAUCAGAGUUUAGUGAAGGACGGCAACGAAUGGCUGAUAAAAACAUCCGAGUCGUGCUCAGUUGUCGCGGCGCUUAUCGCAGCCGUAUCGUUUGCCACGGCUGCAACUGUGCCCGGCGGCCUCGAUCAAACGACGGGAUAUCCGAUCCUAUGGUAUCAAGAGGCGUUCCAUAUCUUCUCCAUCGCAUCGUUAAUGGCGCUUUGCCUAUCUGUUACAGCGCUUGUGUUCUUCCUCGCGAUCAUCACGUCGCGCUGUGAAGAGCGCGACUUUAAGAAGAGCCUCCCGACUAAGCUGUUGAUGGGGCUGACUUCACUCUUCGCCUCAAUUGCUUCGGUCCUUUUAUCUUUUUGCGCAGGACAUACUCUUAUUCUUAGUGAGAAGCUUAAGUACGCAGCGUGGCCGAUUUACGCCGUCGCCAGUUUUCCAGUGACAUUUUUCGCCGUUGCUCAGCUGCCUCUGUAUUUUGAUCUUCUUUGGGCUGCCUGCCGGAAAGUUCCCCUUCGCAGCUACAAAGUGUUCUAUUAAAGAACUCAUUUUUCUUUAAAUUUCAAAAAUCUCCAAAAACUUGUAUUUAAACGAAGCCGAAUUAUUCAUUUCGGAUUUCUUUGGUGUUGAAUUGUUUAU